GGAGAAGACUCCUAGAGAGAGAAAGCGAAGAAAGAGAUAGCAGGCGGAUGGAGGAGGGAGAAAAGAACAAACUAAAGCCACCCCGGGCAAAAGAGAGAGAAAGCUAGAAAGAAGGCUCCCCUCUCAAACGUAACACAAGCUAGCUAGCCAGCAAUCGAGCAGACGGUAGUGAUCAAGGCGCGGCCAGGCUGCAGCUAGCGGGCAGCCAGCAGCCAUACAAGGCCCUGGUCCUCGUUCUACGCGCCCCGGCCGCGAACCCUAUUCCUUGUUCUUGAAUCUCUCAUCCCCAAUCCUACACACCAGCUGAGAGAGGAGAGAGAAUUAAUUCGGGAGAUCUAGAGAGAGAGAACGGGAGGAGCGAGGUGCGCGCGUGGAAGGGGGGAGAAUAGAAUGUUCCCUUCCAAGAAGGCCACUAGCGUCGCUGCCGCAGCCGCUGCCGUGAGCUCAAAUGAUAGGCCGGUGUGCGUGCAGGGAGACUCGGGGGCGGGGCUCGUCCUCACCACCGACCCCAAGCCCCGCCUCCGGUGGACGGUCGAGCUCCAUGAGCGCUUCGUCGACGCCGUCACGCAGCUCGGCGGCCCGGACAAGGCGACUCCAAAGACUAUCAUGAGGGUCAUGGGAGUGAAGGGACUUACUCUCUACCACCUCAAGAGCCACCUCCAGAAAUUUAGGUUAGGGAAGCAGCCGCACAAGGAGUUCAACGAUCACUCAGUUAAGGAUGCUGCGGCGAUGGAGAUGCAACGAAACGCCGCCUCUUCUUCAGGCAUAAUGGGAAGAAGCAUGAAUGACCGCAGCGUGCACAUGAAUGAGGCUAUCAGAAUGCAAAUGGAAGUCCAGAGAAGGCUACAUGAGCAACUAGAGGUGCAAAAGCACCUCCAGAUGAGGAUUGAAGCCCAGGGGAAGUACAUGCAGUCCAUCCUGGAGAAAGCCUACCAGACCCUCGCCUCCGGCGACGUCACGGCGUGCCCGGCCGCUUACAAAUCCCUAGGCAACCAGGCGAUUCUCGACGUCUGCUCCCUCAAGGACAUCGGCCCUUCCAUGGGCUUCGCUUCCCUGCAAGACCUUCACAUGUACGGGGGCGGCCACCUGGACCUGCAGCAGCAGAUGGAGCGGCCAAUGGAGGCCUUCUUCGCCAACUGCGACAUUGGCUCGCUGGGGAAGAAGAGGCCCAACCCUUACGCUGCCGGCAAGAGCCCGAUGAUGUGGGGCGACGACGACGAGCAGGGCAAGGGCAUCGACCAGCUGCAGAUGGCGCCGCCGAUGAUGGACGCCGGCAUCGACGUCAUGGACUCCAUCGCCGACGUGUACGGCGAGGCGAAGCCCAUGCUGUCCGGCGACUCCACGGGGAGCAAGGGCUGCUUCGACGGCAAGCUUGAGAGGCCAUCGCCGCGGCGGCCGUACAUGGGCAAUGAGAGGAUGGGCAGCCCGUCGGUGCUCGGAGGCCAGACGAGGAACCUGUCCUACGGGUAAUUAACUAGCUCAUCACUGAUUAACCAGCAGUCCUUAACUUGCGGUGAAAUUAAAUUAAAGCAGGCGAUUAUUACAUAUUAAUUAACCCGUGCAUGGCUACAAAUUAAAUAAGUAUAGCUGGAUCAGAAUGGGAUACAACGGGGAUACAUAUAUAGCAGAUAUAUAUGUGUCAUUGAUCAGGAUGAUCUUAUUGUGGUGCAUCACUUGUUGGAUGAUGCUCCAAGAUUAUCUAUUUUGAAGAGACGUACCCAAGUUCUAUGUAAUUGCUGUGUUCUUGAGAUGGUUGUAAAUGCAUGUGUAACUUAUUAAUUGGUAAUUUUGCAUGCUGAGGGAAAACAAGCUUUCAUUGAUCUGAGGCAUGUACAUUGUAUCGAAGAACAUGUCAACGGAACUUUCUGAUCAUAACUUGUAUAUUGUACUGAUUAAUUCUU